AAUCUUUGCACGGUAUUAAUGAAAAUAACAUAGAAGCAAAGAAUAAAAUAUCCUUGCGCAUGUUUGAAAAUCACGCCGGCGCAGUGAACGGAGUACUCGAGUUCAUUCGGAUUGGCUGAAUGGUUCAGUAGACUUGUGGACAACGUCUCACCCCUUUUAGUAUAGCCGAGUGCAUCCGGCGCGAUGUUGUUGUGUGGUGUUUUGUGUACUGCAUUGUCAGUUUCGUUCGGUGCGAUCGUACAAAUUCUAAUAUUUCUUCUGCAAAACUCGAACAUCUCGAAAGUGCAAGCUUCCCUUCCACCGGGAGCUGAGGAUGAAAUUAUUCUGAUCGAGCAUCUGCCAGGACGUCGAGUGCAUCUGCAAGACUUCUUUUGGUCAGAUGCCAAGGAUGCACCACCAUGGGUAGAUGCUAAUCAAGGGCUGACGUUUUACGAAACCAAAACAGUUCAUCAUACCGUAACAGUGUACUCGCCGGCAGAAGACAAAGAUAAUCAUAAACCAUUUCCCGAUUACGCCGAACCUAACGAACCAAAAUGCACUACUUGCAUCGAACCAACGCCUAGAUUGGACGACGACACGGACCAAAAUAUCGGUGUCCUUAUCGGAGAAGAUCCUGGUCCAAGAUACUGGUUGCUGACAGUUCUUCGGGCGGGUGAAGCUAUACCGCCAAAAAUCGAAUUGAAACUAGCCCGAUUGUAUAAGACUGCGUUUUCAAGGCAGCAGCAUCGUCAUCUUGGACUUUCACAGACGAACACACGAUUUCGAAGAAUUACAAGAGGGCACGCGCUUCUUAGAAACAAGCCAGAGGUCGCCAGUGUGGGAGAAAUGCCGCGAAAUUCCAGGAUCUCAUCGCCUAAACUAAGGAUUCCAGGGAAUUCAGAGUCUCAGACAAUGCCAAACCAACUGAAACUACUUCAAGUAUCCAGCUUUAAAAAUACUCUUGUCCCAACGACGACAAGCGUUAACGAUGUUGGGAAUCGUAAUGAGCAAAUUCAAAUAGACGAUUUUCAAUUAAAAAUAACAAAAUCUAACCUCGUCAAAGAGAAAAUAUCGUACGAUAAAAAUCUAUCUGCAACUACGUCGUUAGACUUUAAUGAAAAUACGACAGACUAUCCUGGUCAACGAUCCUUGCAGUAUGAUUUAUUUUUUAAUUCGUCUUCUAAUCUUUUUAACGAUCUUCACGAUCGUACGAAUAAUCGUACCACGUCAAGGGAAGAAAUAUUAAAAGAUGGCGGUUCAGACAGCACGAAUACAAGCAAAUAUUCCGAGUUACGUUUAUUGGAUCAUUCUGGGGUCGAGGCAGUCCAAGUUAGAAUGCAAAAUACAAGCGUAACGGACAGUGGGGCUACGAAGUUGAUUUAUUCGGUUCACCUAGGAGGGAAACCUGUACCCGCAGAAACAGCUGCCAGGGAUAUGGCUCUUUUGUCACCUCAAGAGGUUGCAUUGGAACUUGGCGCGCCAGUUCUUAUUCAGAGCGAACCAUACUUGAAAGAAACACGACCAUUGGCUCUUUCGAGGAAAAGAGAUGCAUGGCUAUUAAUCGGUGCAGCAAGCGCUGGUUUUAUUUUGUUAGCAUUGGUUGUCGCGGGAUUAGUUCUCGCAGCAAAAAGGAAACGAGCACACAGCGCUGUAGCUGCACCACCGAGUCAUCAUGUUUUAAGAAAGAAACAAGAAUAUAUACAAGCAGCUACUGGUCUUGAUAAUAAUGCUUGUUCGACAUCCGAAAUGGAAAUUAAGACUGACGGUACCAGUCAGAGACAGACUCCUGGAAGUUUAUCGAGGACUCCGGUGUCUCUCGAAACCCCCGACAGUCUCGAGGCAGGAAUUCAUCAAGUUUCGAGCGACAACGACGAAGAAGAGAAAAGUAAAGCGCUAGAACCAAGACCGUGGGAGUACUCUUCGAAAAGAACCAGAAUGGCACAUGGAAGAAUGUCACGAACAAACGCUGUUGACACGCCUCGAACAUCUGAUUCAAUGGAUGUCAUUGUCGAUCAUCUAGAAACAUUAGAUUCUUUGGAAAAAGAUUACACGAGGCAAGAAGAAGCCACUGCUUCACCGCAUUCUUACCUUUCUAUGCCAUCUUGUAAACCAUUCCCCAGCAUGAAAAGUGUUGAACCACUUUCUAGAGUACUCGAACCAGUUAUGGUCAAGCAUCUAGACAUAGACUCCCCAGAACUGGUAAGGCGAGACAACGAUCGUUUGGGUCUUUAUACAGGUAAUGGUGUGAAUGAUAAAUUUUUUGCGCGAACUUCGAGUGCUAUCAAAGACCCUGGAGUUAUAGGACCAAUAGUAUGGAAUCUUCGGCGACAAAACUUGUCUGUAGAAGAUAAUGGUACAUCCGGGACAGAUGUUGAUCCAACUUAUGCAAUGCCAUCCGGUCCCGUGGGGAAAGCAAGGAGAAGACUUCACGAACUCCUGGAAGAUUCUUUCAGUCUCUUUGGAAGUAGAGAUGCAAAAUCAGAAGCACAAUUAUGCGCCACAAGACCAAGUUCAGCAGCACGUGCGCCGGAUAUGCUCACAAUAUUUUCCGAAACUAAAGGAAGAACCACUCAUGCUAGUCCUAUAUCUCCACCAUUAGCGGAAAUGCAGGUUCGACCUCGUACGUCGUUACCGGUGAAGUCCAACGACGGUGAUAUUGCAGAAAAUGGACAUUUCCAACCACCGCGAUCUCGCAGUGGUUGGGGUUCCAGACCACUAAGUGCUGGUCCCUUUCAUAGGCCUAACUUGCCAGAUGUUGAUACGAGGCGUAUACUUGUCGACAGCCAACUUCCACCGGAAGAUCCAGCAGUACCAUUAAUAGCUUCGAUUAAAAGAGAACUUGAAAAGUUUUCUCCGCAAUAAAAUAAAUAAUCGAAGAGGUAACAACAUUAAGCAAUAACAAGUAUUAAAAACUAAAGUACAAUUGAGUUAGUUCAAAGAUUGAUGAACGUGCAAACUCCAAUUAUACUUCCUACACUGAUUCCACAGAGAUUGAAAUUAUUGAGGAUAUUCUAAUGAAGAAUUAAUAGAAAGAAUUUCCUGAGACUGUUAUUUAUAAGUGCAACCAACUACUGCUAAUUGACAAUUGCUAGUACAAUAUUAAUUUCCAGCAGUUUCAAUCUCU